AUGGGGACUAUGGUUGGAGGGUGUGUUGGCCCAAGUGAGCUUCACUUGAGGAAGGAACUUACUGCUUUGCAAAAGGCGCGCUGCUUGCAGGACCCUGAUACUUGCUCAACAUGGAGAUCACCUUUGAGUUAUAGGUCACUGGUGGCAACUUCAAGGAUUACAUACAACGGUGGGAUUUCUAGUAAUUUAGCGCCAAAGCUCAAUGAGUCACCUUGUGCACCUGCAAACACUGAAAAGAAACGAAGAAAGGUUUAUCUCUACAAUUGGAGGCAGAAUUCUUGUAAAUCUAGUGAAAGUGGAAUGAAGAUAGAUGAGGAUGUUAAGCAACCAUCCGGUGAGCUAAUCCUGGACAGUCCAUGCAAAUCUAAUGGGGUAAACUCCAAAGGUGAUGCAUAUCUGGGUCCUCCAGCCAGCAUCUACAAUGUUCAGAGUUCAACAUCAUCUACUCCUGUCAAAAGAAUAGCUAGAAGGAGAAAGGGUGUUUUGUCCAAAAAAGGUGCAGUCAGAAACCAAGCUGUCUCGAAGUUGUCAGAUCUUCAGGUUAAUUCCGGUGAGCAAUCUGAGGAUACUGAGAACUGCAACUCAGAGACUCCGGAGAUAUUUCAAAGGAGCUACUUCUCUCGCCCUACAUCUCCGCUAUUUGCUGCAUGUGGAUGUGUCAGCUCUUCAAAUCCCUCAAAACUACUGAAAAUAGGUAGAGGAGAGGGAUCUUCCUUUUCUUGCACACCUGUUUCUACUAGCUCCUAUUACAGGCACGUAAGAAGGAACACCAGCACUGUUGGUUCUUGGGAUGCUAGGACUGCUACUUCUUUUGAUGGUGAUGAGUCUAACCAAUCAGCAGUUCUGAGAAGUCAGAGGUCGCAUGUCCCUUGCUAUGCAUCAAAUAGGAGAAAACAUCGAGGAUCUGAAGGAAGUAAUUAUUCUCCUUCACUAUCUGCUAUACUUCGAAGAAAAGGUAGCAGCCUAAUAUGUGGGAGUCAGACAAUGCAUAAGAAGAAGAGAUCAUUUGGUUCAAUGAAAUGGGCACAUUCGAAAAAGUCUGCUCAGGGAAUGCCACUUUUGUGUAAUAGCUGUGAUUUUGGUUCUUCAUCAUUUGAUUCAUCAAGUGAUGAACUCUCAACCAAUAUAGGGGAGCUUGAUAUGGAAGCUUCAAGCCGGUUAGAUGGGAAAAGAUGGUCAAACUGUAAAAGCCAGGAUGGGAUGGAUCUAUCUGUUCGUAGUGCUGAUCUGGCCGAGUCAGACCCGAGAAGCUUGAGCCAAAAAUAUAGACCAAGGACAUUCCCUGAAAUUGUUGGUCAAAACAUUGCAGCCCAAUCACUUAGUAAUGCUAUAACAAGGGAAAGGAUAGCUACUGCCUAUCUUUUUCAAGGUCCUCGUGGAACCGGAAAAACAUCGACUGCAAGGAUAUUUUCAGCAGCUCUAAAUUGCCUUACUACUGGAGAUAACAAACCCUGUGGGGUAUGUAAUCAGUGCACUGAUUUCUUCAGUGGAAAAGGUACCAAUCUAAAAGAAGUUGACGCAAGUAACAGAAAGUGUAUAAGCAUAAUUAAGCACUUACUGGAAAAUUUGCCACCAUCUGCACCUUUGCCCCGGUAUAAGGUGUUUGUUGUUGAUGAAUGCCACAUGAUACCUUCCAAAUUAUGGUCAGCAUUUAUGAAGUUUCUUGAUGAAUCAUUUCCUCGUGUUGUGUUCAUAUUUAUUACAAUUGACCCAGACAACCUACCUCGAGCAGUCGUAUCACAUUGCCAGAAGUAUGUGUUCUCUAAGAUCAAAGAUAUUGACACUGUGUGCCGCUUGAGGAAAAUUUGUGUCAAGGAAAAUCUUGAUGUUGAGCUGGCAGCUUUGGAUUUGAUAGCUCUGAAUUCAGAUGGCUCACUACGAGAUGCAGAAACAAUGUUAGAUCAAUUGAGUUUGUUAGGGAAAAAGAUAACUCCUUUACUUGUCAACGAUCUGGUCGGUGUUGUCUCGGAAGAGAAAUUGCUUGAUCUUCUGGAGAUAGCUAUGUCAGGAGAUACGGCUGAGACAGUGAAAAGAUCCAGAGAGCUGAUGGAUUCUGGCACUGAUCCAAUGGCAUUAAUGUCUCAGUUAGCUGGGCUCAUCAUGGACAUCAUUGCUGGCACCUACAAAUUGGCUGAUGUUACUUGUUGUAAUGGCUCAGCAGUUGGUGGUCGAAGUUUAACGGAAGCAGAGUUAGAAAGAUUACAACAAGCAUUGAAGAUUCUUUCUGAUGCUGAAAAGCAGAUAAGGCUUUCAAGUGAGCGUCCCAUGUGGUUUACUGCUGCUCUACUACAACUUGGAUGUGGUCAUAGUUCAGAUAUGAACCAACAAAAAUGCGGUACUCAAGAACACCAUAAAGUAGCCAAUGAUGCUAUGUCUGAGAUAGCAAGGGAAUCCUCCAGCAGAACUGUUUCUCAUUCAUUAUCUGCCUUUGGCAUUUCUAAGAGAACAAUUGACGCCAAAACAAUUAGUGUGCACUCGAGUCCUCAGGUCCUUGCCUCACAUUCAUCUCGGUUGAGACUGAAUGACAACUUGGUUUAUGGAGAGUGUAGGUCUGUUGAUAGAGUUCCACUCAAUUCUAAUCAACUGAAUGACAACUGUUCCCAGCAAAGGGCCCUAGUAAAUGGAAUCUCAGAUAGCCUUGCCCAGGUUUGGAUAAGAUGCAUUGAGAACUGCCACUCGAAGACAUUACAGCAGCUACUUCUUGACCAUGGGAAACUAGUAUCAAUCAGGCAAUUUGAGGGCCAUGCGAUUGCUUUCAUCGCAUUUGAGGACUGUGGCAUAAAAUCUAGAGCUCAAAGAUUUUUGAGUAGCAUUACCAAUUCAAUUGAGACAGUACUGAAAUGCAAUGUGGAAGUCAAAAUUAGUCCACUAGCAGAAUUGAUGGACGGAGAAAUAACAUUAGAGGCUGGUCCUAAUGUAAGAAGGUACGAGUCUGAUGUCUUGAGUUGCUCAUCAAACAGUGACCGACUAAAGGGAACUUUGGAUUCAAGGAGAAGCUUUGAUCAUCCUGAUGAAGUAAAGAAAGAACUGGAGACGUACAAAAAUACUGCAUGUUCUGAUGAAAGGUUGUGUUCGGAAGUUCCCAUCCAGACUUCAAAAGAAUCAACAAAUGAUGAACAGCGACUGGAAAGCGCAUGGCUCCAGGUUUCUGAAAAGCACACACCAGGUCUGAUGAAUCAGGAAAGACACGAUCAACAUCAGGUUCUGUCUCAAUUUGUUGGCAACCAAUACCAAAGGAAGUCCUCAAUGUCCCUAGUUGUGCCCCCAGGCCAUGCAGAUGAGGAUCUUGCUCAUGAGAUAGAAGCUCUGAAGAUAGUUGACAGUUAUGGUUCUCAGAAGCACCAGAGUAGAAGAAGUGAAAAUGCCUUUGCCAUUUCACCAAGCAGAAUGCACAAAAAGGAUGACAUGGUUGAUUGCGACAAAGAGAGCGUAUGCUCUGAUCUUGGAAAAUCGGGAUGCCAUGGCCUUUUCCCUUGUUGGAAAACACAAAAACCAAGGGGAGUAAAGACGAAGAGGCAGAUGCGUGUGAAAUCUUCUUAG